UUGAACUGCGAGGUACUAGUAACACUCGCUGUAGCAUCUUCUUUGCCGGUUCCGAAGCUCCGGCGACAGUUUUUUUUUGGUUUUCUAAUGAUAAUAUAAAACCCGUUAAAAGCCUGCAUACCAUCAUAAAAUCGAGGAAAAAUAUGAGCUCGUUAAGUUGAAAAAGGAACAAUUCACUUGACAGUCGAAGAAACGAGAACCAAGGAAAAUUUAAAAACUGUGUGAGAGUGCAGUGACUUUUUUUGCCUCGUUUCAUCAUUAAAAGAGAAGGAUUCUGCAGAGGAAAGGUGAAAUCGUCAAAAAUGAGGAGACAACGUUGGUGGUUGCCAUUAAUUGCACUCGUAUGCGUAUCCAACUGGAAAUCAGCCUUGACACUUCCGGUUCCGGAUGAAGAACUCGACACCUCGAAACAGCUCCUCGGUUCCAGUGUCGUAACAUCGGUCUCGAUUGUCACGGGACCGCCGGAAACACACCACAAUGCCGACACGAAGACCAGUACGGCUGAUCGUAAAAGGGUGAUCCCGGUUAGGGACAUGCCAGCUUCCCCAGCCGAUCUUAUGAGGCCAGACAAAAUUCAAUUCAUCGCCUUAAACAAAGAAGGCAACGUAGUGACGAAACAAAUGACAGAAAAAGAAAUACUGAGUCUUAUUGCGACUGGUGGCGGUCAUCUACCAAUGGAGAUUCAUGAGACUCAAAAAGUUGGUGAAAUUCCAACAGGUGGAAUGAAGGUUGCAGAUGUAGUCCAGAAUGUCCAAAACGUCCUUAAGAGUGAAUUAAACAAACCAGCAACCGUAAUGACUUCCGUGCCGACCAUACCAGGACACGCACACACCGAAUGGAGUAGUAUUUUGCCAGCGAUUCUUGGUGGAGAUGCUGAAACGGCGUCUAUGAGCGAACAUGGUUCUCCAGUGGCUAGCGUCAUCAACGAAGCUCAGAUUACAUCUGACGCAACACCUACUAAGAUACCAGACGCAACGGGAAUCCAUGCACUCGCGACAAACGUACCUGUCAAAAAGCCUGAGUCAUCGACAACAGAGAAUUACGAUGAUACGAAGAGGCCAAUCGAAAGCUCAGCUACGGAGAAUCAUACUGAGAAACCGAUGAUUCAGGUGCCAGUUAUAACGGUGGAUCAAAAAUUGCCAUCUCAUCAAUCCGAAGAAGAGAAAAAGCCGGUUUUCCAAAUGCUAAAUACUUUUUCUGCGGAAAAACUAAAUCCACAGAAUAAUACACAUUCGGAUGAAAAAACUGGAGCCGUCGGCUUUGACCACGAAAAUAAACCGAUAAAAACAGACCCCUUGGUAAAACCUGAGAAAGUUUUCAAUAAGCCGAGCGUAGCUGCAGAACCUGUCACGGAGCAAACAGCAACCCUCGGAGAAAAAGUUACAGAAAUGAUCGAGAUAAAUUAUACACCAGGCAACAGAGAACCGGUCGUCGCUCCCCUCACUAUAAAACCACCAAUUUCUCAAUCUUCAAUAAUAACUUCGGAAUCUUUUUCAAAAUUACCAGAAUCCGAUUCACCGACUACGAUGACCGUUGUUUCUGAAACGCAUUCGACGUCUAUGAAGAUUUCGGGUCACGAUGAAAUUCCUCUCCGCGAACCAAUCUCCACUAAUCAACUACCGAAUGACAUAAACAAGUUCACUGACGCGGGUGAACCUGAAAAAGUAACUGAAAAGUUAACCACCAUUACUGUCACCGAAAGUACAUCGGAAUUGACAACUCGCAAAUCAGAAACACCCACGGAAAAACCUGUCGAAGUGUCUACUGAAAACAGUCUACUAUCACAGGGAAUUUCCUUCCUUGGUAACCUUCCGCAGACGGUCAGCUCAAUUGUCACUGAUUUCAUUGGUAACGAUUCGUCGAAUUUAGCUCCUGUACUUAAUGAUGGCGACAAAAACGUUUCGUCGGAGGUUACAUUCAGUGACGACGAAUCUUCUGGUGCAAACAGUUUGUCCAAAAUAUCUGAUCCUACUACAAUGCCUUCGAUUCAAACAAGUACAGAAAAAGCAACUAUCACGAAAAACCCGAUUAUCAUUGAGGGGCCUGUGUAUGAAAAAAUGCCUCAAAUAAUUCCUGAUCACAAGGCACCAAUUCAUGGAUCUUCACCCUCUGAAGUAUCUUCAAUCGAACACAUAAUCGAAACUUUGAACGACCCAACAGGAAUCAUAUCGACUCCUAUUGGAGCAGACCAGUUCAACAUUCAAAAAAUACCGCAAAGUGAAUUGAAACUCCCUGAAGCAAGUACCGAUCAAACUGGUCUUUUUAAAAUUACUAAAAUCCCAGAAAUCCAAACAACUUCGGCUACACCGAUAAAUAUCGAAACUCUCGCAGAUGCGAACUCUGCCAAGCCCAUGGAACCUCUUCCCACCGAACUGGCAGAUUCUCUGACAAGCAUGAUAUCUCAGAUCUCCGACGUGAGACCCUCUGUUUUGCCACUUGGACAGAAUGUUGGACUCGAUACAACGGAGAAGAAAAGUGUAGUUAGUGUCAAUGCCGAAGAACCUAGUGACAUUGAUAGUCCGCCAGCCUCAGGAGCUGAAGAAGUUUCUAAGACUCCUCAAGAUCCCUUGAAUGGGGUUCAAUUGACGAUAAAAGCAGAGCCAGCGGGGCUUGCGGCUGCUCCCGAAAAAGUGAUGGAAGUUCAUCAAAAACUCACGCCUACAGAUUCCGAUGCGGCAAAACCUAUUGAACCGUUGAAAACGACGACUAAUACGGAAUUGCAAAGCGUUGUUUCCAUUACAACCAAAUCACCGAGCCUCGACAGUUCUACCACAGGGGCGGAUAGUGCUGUAUCGAUGAAGGGCGAAACACAAGAGCCCGUGAACAGGAUUAGUGACAAAGUGUCUGAAAAGAAUGAAAUAACGGUGCAGGAAAAUUCGAAACUCGAAACCAACAAGAUAAAUGCUUCGGAUAACAAUGUAACUGAUAAAACAGAAGAACAUACGGUAGAGCUGAUUAAGAUUGCCUCACAAAACGAAAGUGUCACUACCAAAGAGACGUUGAUUGAAGAAAAUUCUACGAAGAAAUCUCCAACAAUUGAUAUUAACGAUGCAAAGACCACUGUAUCCACUCCAUCAACGGAGCACAUUGAAGAAAAGACUAGUGUCACAACGAAUCGUCCAACGACUGCACAAGAACCGAUGAAAUCUGAAAAUCCGAAGACGGAAAAGCCACUGAAGAUUCAAUUGAAUAAAAAUGAUACGAAAUUGCCCAUAGUCCACCUCGAUAUCAAGGAAGCGGUGCCAACACAGUUUAAUGAAGCUAGCGAUUCCACGAUGAAUGAGAGCAAGGACAAGGGUGCAGAAUCACCUUUGGUGAGAAUCAAACUGACCGAUCCUGUCGCUCUGAUAAACAGUAUGAUAGACUCAUCGAACAUUGAUGCGCAACCGACACCAGUUGAGCCAUUGAGCCUACCAGAAACUGGUAGUGUUCCACCCAACACUUUAGCGAGCGGUCUGAUUGCCGGUUUCCCAUCAACUACGAAAGCGCCAACAACCAUUCAAGACGGUACUGCUGAAAAAAAUUCAACUUCGGAUGAUCCUGUAAAAUCAGUAUCAGAAGUUUCAAGUCUUAGUCCUACUCUUAAGCUCAAUAUGACUCAGGAUCAAACGAUCACAGGGAUCAAAACGAAUGAGAUGCAUUCAGACAUUGAACAAGAGCCUACGAGUCACAGCCCGGAAAAAGUAAAUGCUGUGACGGAGAAAAUGGAAAUAGCUACCAAGAAGAGUGAUGCGAUAGCUGAUCCAGAAGUGCUCGCAGAAAAAACGAUCAUUCCAACGAAAUCCAGUAUUAACGAUGGUUCUUCGCUAUCGACAACCACUGCAGAUUCCGUUGCUCAAAUCGCUGAGAACGAUGCUAAAGUAACCCCUAUUACUGAAGUCACCCCCACUCUGAGUACUACAGUUGAAGUAACGAAUACACCGGCGAAUACUAAUGCAACCUCCGGGAAUCUGAAUACCUUACCGAAAUUAACAGAUGUGACUACCACUCAAGAGCCAGUUGUUACAACAAAGGCUCCACCAGCUGAUGACAAAACUCAAGAAAAUCGUGUCCAACUUUCAGGACUGUUAGAAUCUGAUGGAGACUUCGCUGCAUAUUCUAAAGUAAAUGAAAUACCUCCUGUAACUACACAGAAAACAGAUACCAGUACGGAUCGGUCUGAAUUAGCGGAAACAAAAGUUGAAAUUACGACAGCAGUUGGAGAAUUCAAGAAUUCUACAAAUCCAAAGUUUCCUGAAGCUGCUACGGAAGGAUUGAACGAAGCAACACCUUCUACAAUUCUCUUAACUGAGGUGCCUAUCGUUGAAACGACCGCAGCGACGAUGAACCCUUUGAAGACACCUGAUGUAGAAAUAACUCAAAAUCCGCAAAUAGCGACAGUCACACCGGUUAAAACAGCUGAAAUUAUUCAAGAAACGGAUUCAUUGAGGCAGAAGCCUGCUGCUGUAAGCUCAUUGAUAAAAGGACCAUUUAUAAGUGAAAACAAUUUGGAAGUGAAAAACGAUGGGAAAAAAACUGAAAAAGUGCAACCCUCUGAAAGUGUUGAUUCCUUAGAAACGACUUCGGAAACCCCCACUUCGAGUUUGGCUCCGCAACAAACAGCAGAAGUUAGAAUUCAAGUGAACGACACUGCAGUAUUAGUAACGAAAAAACCAGCUCCGGAUACCUCGAAUCAAAAGCUUGAUGAGGUGACAAAAUUACCGAAUAACCAGCCUAUUGAAGAACCAACAACUCCCAAAGUCGAACCUGUGAGCCAUGAUUCCUACGAAAAAUUAGGUGAGAAAAUUUCCUUCCCAGUUCCAGUUCCAGUCAGCAGUUUGGCCAGUCACGAGAAUAGUGAGUUAAACGUGCCCAUUCAACAUGCAAGCGUUGGAUUAGAUACAGAAACCCGCAUUCGCCUUGGGGAUGAACAAACUGAAAAAAUGCAGAUUAACAAAAUCCCAAUGAAGACAGAAGACACGAGGAAACCUAUAAAAAAGACAAGUGACAGCGACGCAUUACACCACGUGGACCAGCCUAUGAUUCCGAAUGCAGCGACCGGUAAUCCAUUGUCUGAAACAAACGCUUUGCCAUCUGAGAUCAAGGAAAACAUUUCUGCACUUGCAGAGCCUGAAUCAACUUCACAACUACCCACAAAGAUUGAGAUUACGUUGAAAGUGCCUUCGAAGGAGAAAUUAAACGUAGCUCCUGUCAAUAGGUUGGGUCAAGACCAAGAGCAACCCCUAGAAAUCCUCAAAAACACAACUUCCAUCGAAUUAUCAACAGAGACUCCGGCUCCCAAACCUGAAAAGCCAGCUCACAAACUAGCUAUGAAUAUCAAGAAAGAUGACUCCCUGCUCAAACCAACGGAUGAGCAAUGGACAUUGAUACCUCAAAAAGUCCCUCCAGCUCAGACAAAAACUGCUUAUCCGAAACGACCAGUCGCGGCGGAAGCGCCAUCAACGACGAAUACUCCAGUAUCCGAAAAAGUAUCUUCGACUGAAAGGCCACCGGUGUCCCUCGACCAUCCGCAGAGCGCCAGCGGUCUCGACAGUACCGUGAAAAAUCUUGAGACCGAUGUUUCUUACUUCGUGAAUUUAUGCAACGAGUUGGCCUUCACGUUUUGGACAGCAACAAACAAGGGCUUGAGCACAGCAAGAUCACUCGCUGUUUCACCCUUUGGAAUGACGAGUAUGCUCGCAAUGGUAUUUCUGGGUGCUCGAGGUCCAACCUCCGAUCAAAUGAACGAUGUUCUCAAGCUAGACGACGUUGCCUCCUUCAAUCCACAUCUUGUUUUCCAAAACGUCACUGACGCCGUUGGCCUCGCAAGAAAUCAAGGCAUCGCGAACGCAGCUUUUGUUAGAGAGCUUUUCGCCGAUAGAUCUAAGGUCCGGAAGCUCAUGCCGUUCUAUAAGGAGCAAGCUCAACAGUUUUACGAUGGAAUUGUUGCUGAAGUUAAUUUCGCUACGAUAAGCGAUCUCGUGAGAAGACGAACCAACCUGAUGAUCAGAAAGCAAACGGGAGGCCGAAUUAAAGAUUUCGUAAGAACCAAUACGGUACCGCUGCGAUCACCACUAGCAGCUCUUUCGGCUAAUGUCUUCCAGACUGAUUGCAACUCAAGUGCGGCCAGUUCCGAGGGCAGAGAUGGCGAACUCUACUUCGCAGUGUCACCGGCAGUUAGGCAAAGGAAACUCGUUCCUGUACCAGCCACGGUAUGGCGAGCAGGUGUUUUAGCCGGUUACGAGCCCGGUCUCGAUGCAACAGCCAUAGCUCUCGGUGGAACCGAUAAGUUGGUUUCCACGAUUUUCGUUAUACCAGGACAACAGGGUUUAACUGCACCGGGUGACACGCUGGAUCGUCUCGAGCAGAGACUCGUUAGAGGAGCCACCCACGAUGGCUCCUGGAACAAGUUGCUGAAGGUUUUGAUUCCACGACCCGGACUGGAACUUCAGGUACCGAAAUUCAGUCAUCGUUCUGUGAUCAACGCUACAGCAGCACUCAAAAGAAUGGGCUUAGAAGAGCUGUUUUCGAAACACGCCGAUUUGAAAGGCAUAAACGGCCUGGCAACGGACUUACAUCUCGCUGAUGUACUUCAGAUGAAUUUGUUCAGCACCUGCGGUGAUCAGAGCAUAAUAAGUGGAAGGCAUCACGUAGAAGUUUAUCCAGGUAGCCCACUGAGGAAUGCUCGAGACAACAGCAUAUCCGAGAAAGAAUUUGACAAAUCAGAAUCAGAGCCUUCGUUCAAUGAGGAUGACGGUUCUGAGGGAAUGGCAGUGCCAUAUCCGCUACAUCGAAAAACUUCGGCUGCACGACAAAUCGAUACGACGGAAAAACAGCGAUUAAAAUUGGACAGGCCUUUCCUGUACUUUGUACGACACAAUCCCACUGGACUGAUUUUGCACAUGGGACGUUUCAAUCCUAGAUUAUUGCCCUAAGUAUAUUAAAUAAUGUGCAUCGAUUAUUAUGAUAAACGAACAAAUAUUAUGAGGGUAACAAAAGUUCUCAUUGUAUUGAACUAUUUCGAAGUUACCCGAUCGAAAUUACCCGAGUAAUUGCCAAUAUAAAUGAGAUUGACUUAAGCGAAGCGAUCGGGACGAAGUAGCAAAAUGAGGGACCCGACGAACAGCAGCAGCAGCAGUGUAUGAAAAUUCAAUGAAUUUAGCAUCUAAAAGGAGAAAGUGUCUCAGGUCGAAAUGUAAUUUGAUACUUGCACGAAAUUGUUUAAUGCCGAAAGGCCGAUGAGGAUUUAGGAAAUCUGUCAGACGACGAGAUAAAAAAUGAUUCCUCGUGGAAUUUGGUUACGGUACCGAUGAAUUUUAUUUAUUAAUUGGAACACGGUUUGAUGAGAUGAGACGAUUUGUUGUGAUACAUACGUCAAGUUUUAUUACGACCGAUUUUCCGGAGUUGAGAGAACAAAAAUUCGGGGGGGAAAAAAAAGAUAGAAAGUAAUACGAAAAAUGAUCUUGAUCAUCGUCCAAACGAACGUCUUGGAAAAAUAUCGAUGAGGUAUUAUUUUUGAGACGCUCUGUUUGGACAGUGAUCGACAUUAAGAGCAACGAAAAUUAUUAUGAAUAAUAAAACUCAUUGUUAAACUAUAAGUUAAAUUGAUCUUUAAAUGUUAAUUCAACUAUUAACCGUAAAGUAUUAACAGUAUCGAGAUACGAAUCCUAGAAUAUCGUUUUAGCCAAUGGGCCUGCGGAGUGCGUAUGUAAAUAUAGAUGAAAAGUCAUAAAACUCUUGACGUGCUCGAGCCAAUUACCUGUAAAUUUCGUGAACUCACUAUUUCCUUCAAAUUUCAACGAAUCCUCGUAGGCUCUUUCGAGCUUUACGAAUUUGGAGUCACGUUAUUUAUAAGGCUCUUAAAAUUAUAAACAAUUAAGCACUAGACUCCUGAAAAUACGCCCUAAAUUAUAAUGUACGUAGAAUGCUACAAUACUUCGUGAAUAAAACGAUUAAAAACAUUUAAAAACCAA